CACUGUACUAAUUAAAUUCCUCUAGGGCUGUGCUGUUUUGAGCACAUCACUUAACCAAGACAGUUGCAGUAAUCAAGGGUAAAGCAUAAUGAUGGACCUUUUUGAAACAAGUUCCUAUUUCUUUUAUUUGGAAGGAGAUAAUGGAGCUUUUCAACAGCUGGAAAUGACAGAUGGAUCUCCUUUGUAUCCAGGUAGUGAGGGCACUUUAUCCCCUUGUCAGGAUCAAUUGCCAGGAGAUGCUGGAAGUGACAGCGGUGGAGAGGAACAUGUCUUAGUCCCACCUGGUCUACAGCCCCACUGCCCUGGACAAUGUUUGAUUUGGGCUUGUAAGACAUGCAAACGGAAGUCUGCUCCAACUGAUAGAAGGAAGGCGGCCACGUUGCGAGAAAGGAGAAGGUUAAAGAAGAUUAAUGAAGCAUUUGAGGCACUGAAAAGAAGAACUGUUGCCAACCCAAACCAGAGACUCCCUAAAGUGGAAAUCCUACGCAGUGCAAUAAAUUAUAUAGAGAGGCUGCAAGACCUCCUGCACAGCUUGGAUCAGCAAGACAAGCCCCAGAAAUCAGAUGAACCUUUCCCAUAUAACCCAAAGGAUGGCGAUGUUCAAAGAGAAGAUUUCUUAUGUAACUGCCACACGGACUGGCGCAAACUUUCCAAUCAUUCCACAAUGACAGACCUCCAUCCCAAAGAUGAAGGAUCUAUUCCCGAAUCCUCAGCCUCCAGCAGUCUCCAGUGUCUCUCUUCUAUAGUGGACAGUAUAUCAUCUGAAGAGCCGAAGGUCCCAUGCACUGUUCAGGACAUGGUAGAGCCUGGUAACCCCAUGUAAGAGCUCGUGCUGUAUGCCAGUGUCGGACACCAAGAGUCAUUUCUGGCAUAGAACAGGCACCACUAGUACAGAGCUGGAAAUAAUGGGUCCCAACGAGAUAUGGGUCUACAUAUUAUUAAGGGUUCUAUUUAUUAAACCUAUGACCCUUGAAAAUGUUCAUGUAAUCUAUAGAUACCCCUGCUAUUUACUAAAAGUAGAAAGCAUGAGACAUCAAAGAGGGGGAUUUUACCAGACCUACAAAAGGAGCCCCGGAUUGAUAAAGAGUAUAAGAAAUGCACUCCUAACCACUGUAAUAUGUGGGAAUAUGGAAAGUUAAUUCCUGGGGGUGUAACGCCAAUCUUAAUAAAUAAUCCCCUUAAUCCUAACAAGAAAGAUUUUUUUAAAAGCACAAUUCUAUUUGUUACUGAAAGGUCUUUCAUUCUGAAAACAUUAAUUUCCUUCACAUUCAGAAAAAAUUCAUUCCUGUCUUUGUUAUGUUCAAAGAUACAAUUUUAUAUUCGUAUUUACUUACCAAUAAUUCCCUGGAUUCUUUUGUGCAGUUUAUUUAAUUACAGAAGUGAAUGUUUUAUUUCAAAUAUGGGAUAGCAUAAUGUAUGUAAAAUUAUAUUAUUAAAACAAUAUAUGUACGCUGUUGAAUAAAACUUUUUGCUCUACAUAUGACAA